AUGAGCAGCCAAGUGAUGCACGGGCUCUUAACGGCAUGCUUUGGCUCCUUUGGUGAAUCGGCCAACCAAUCCAUCUUGUUGAGUGUGCUCGGAGCUGCGGAGUGGGCAAGAGCUGCUCCCGUCACUGGGCUCCGGUGGGAGAUGGAUUGCGGCUGCGUCCGCCACCACGGCUCCGGUACCGGCCCAAGCAACGCAAUCUGGACCCCGCGAGAGUUUAGGGAGCGAGGGUUGGGCGUGUGGGUGUGUGGCUGA